AUGUCCGAAAUAGAACCACGAAGAGAUAAUAGAGAUGAUCUUUUAGAGCAGGAUUCAAGGGGAGAGAAUGACCAACUUUUACCCAAUGGUCAAAUCAGGAAUAGGUCGACUUACAAGGCUACAGGUCAAGGUGAUAUUUUGGAUGGUGACGAAGGCGAUGGUUAUGAAGAUGUAUUGGAAUUACCUCAACCGAUAAGGGAAACUGUUCCGCUAGAAGAUGAUCCAAGCAUACCAGUGCUUACAUUCAGAUACCUUCUUCUAUCUACAAUAUUUGUUAUCCCGGGAGCAUUUAUUGAUACGAUAAAUUCUUUCCGAACGACAUCAGUUCCAUAUUCCAUAUUUUUCGUGCAAAUUGCUGGCCAUUGGGCAGGUAAAUGGCUAGCUAAGGCCUUACCUAAUAAAAGGGCAAAAGUGAUGGGGGUUGAAUUCAAUCUAAACCCAGGUCCGUGGUCGAUAAAGGAAACUGCAUUGCUAACCAUCACUGCUAAAAGUGGAGCAACUGGAAACUUGGCUACUAAUGCCUUAUCAAUGACUGAAUUACAUUUUAAUGAGAGGCUUUCUUCCUUUGCUAGUUUGGGUAUAAUGUUUGCAGCAGUCUUCAUUGGCUAUUCGUAUUCAAUAAUUCCCAAAAACUUGGUAUUGUACGAUCCCCAGUAUCUUUGGCCUCAAUCUUUAAUGCAGACAGCCCUAUUGCAAUCUCAAGCAAAGUCGGGUCAACCAAAUGGAAAAUCUUCCAAUACAAUGAAGGUGUUUUUCUUUGCAGUUAUGGGUAUGACUAUAUGGCAGUUAUUUCCUGAACUAAUAUUUCCGUUAAUGUCUUCAGUUGCUUUACUUUGUUAUUUAGCACCAACCAAUAAAACACUUAAUUUUAUCGGCUCUGGUAUAGGAGGAAUGGGGUUGUUGAACUUUUCAUUUGAUUGGGCAAAUAUAUCCUCAUCUAUUAUGUUAUAUCCUUAUUACAUUCAAGUUAUUGAGUUUAUCGCAUUCGUUGUGGGAGCAUGGGUUUUAAUCCCACUAGUGAAGUUUAGUAAUAUAUCCCAGUUUAAAGAUCAAUUGAUGUCCAAUAAAAUAUUCACGGGGAAUGGAACUCUUUAUCCGACGGAUAAGCUUAUCACCCCUGAUUACCAACUUAACCUCACUGCCUAUGAGAUUUAUGGUCCAGUGUAUUUGGGUCCUCAAAAAGCCUGGAAUAUGUUCUUUGAAUAUGCUGCAUACGUAUCGGGAAUUGUGUGGAUAUUAUCUUUUGGAUAUGACAAUUUGAAACAAUCCUUUUUUAGAUAUACCAAAAAUAAUAAAAAGGGUCCUUCCGGUAAUUUCACUGACCGACUUAAUAAGCUUAAUUCUCAAUAUCAGGAUAUACCUUUGUCGUGGUACUUAACUCUUUUACUGUUAUCAUUAGCAAUUUUAUUGAUCCUAAAUAUCAACGGAAAGCUUUUCAUGCCCUGGUGGUGUUGUAUUAUAGCUUUGAUCUCUGGUGGAUUAAUUGUAACACCUUUAAUAUGGUUAUAUGCAAUGUCUAAUUUCCAGCUCCCAAUAGGAACUUUCAAUGAAUUAUUUUACGGUUACCUUGUGGAAUCAGUUAAGAAGAAACAUGCUGCUGGGGCUUCUUUCUACAGUGUUAUUCUGGGAAAUGCGUGGUAUAGAUGCCAGCAUCACUUAGAAAGUAGAAGGUUGGGCUUCUACAACCAUAUUCCUUCUAGAGCUGUGUUUUUUGCUCAGAUAUAUGGCGAGAUAAUCGGGGUUCCAUUCAAUUAUUUGGCCAUGCGUUACGUCCUUGAUACAAAAAGGGAUUUCAUAGAUGGUACUAAGAUCGACCCCAUUCAUCAAUGGUCCGGUCAGGACAUUACCUCAAUGUACACAAAUUCAAUUCAAUACGUAAUCCUUGGUCCUUCAAGAUUAUUCAAAAACUAUCCUUUCUUGCCGUAUGGGUUUUUGGUUGGGCUCUUAGCUCCAUUACUUAUUUUCCAAUUACAUUGUAAAUACUCAAACUCCCCUUUGCAAUUUAACCUUUGGAAUACAACAGUUUUUUUCUCAAGAAUGGGUAGAUUCUACGGUAACAUUUCAACUGGAUAUCUUUCAAAGUUCUUAGGGGGAACAGUGACCAUGUUAUAUGCCUACAGAUACAAACAUGACUUAUGGAAACGCUAUAACUACAUUUUGGCAGCCUCUUUUGAUACUGGCUUGAACUUAAGCAUUCUAAUCAUUUAUUUUUUCGGAUUCCAAAUGCCCAACUGGUGGGGGAAUGACCCCAGAAGCGUAGAAAGAUGCUUUGCAUAUUGA